AGCCUUCCAAGUAGCCGGAACUGCAGGCAUUUGGUCUUAUGCUGCUGACAACAGCGGAGACUUCAGAAGUUCAUCCCGUGAGAAUUAGUGGGCAUCAUUAACACAGAUAUCCAGAUGGCAGGACUAGCCAAGAAUUUUGAGCAACGUGACUCAACAGAACAAGGGCCCGAAAGAUGUUUGGCACCUACAUUUGUCCCUCCUGAGAGGAAAGAAAAAAUACAUACUGUGGACGAAAGGUUUUCCAACGAUUUUGAAGAAAUAGAACCAAUCGGCAUAGGUGGAUUUGGCCACAUUUUUAAAGCAAAACACAGAAUUGACAGAAAGACCUACGUUAUUAAACGUGUUAACUAUUACAACGAGAAGGUGAAACGAGAGGUGAAAGCACUGGCACAGCUCAGCCAUGUGAACAUCGUUCGCUACCAUACUUGUUGGGAAGGAACUGAUUACUAUCCAGAUUCCGAGAGCAGUGAUGAUGAUCCUGAGAGCAGUGAUUACCACACUGAGAGCAGUGAUUACCAUUCUGAGAGCAGUGAUUACCAUUCUAAGGGCAGUGAUGACAAUUCUGAGAACAGUGAUGACAAUUCUGAGAACAGUGAUAUCUUUACUGACAACAGUAUCAACGAAUCAAGAUCACAGACGAGAUGCCUUUUCAUCCAAAUGGAAUUCUGUGAUAGAGGGACAUUGGAGCAAUGGAUCCAUGAUAGAAGAGGCAAGACACCAGAAAAAGCUUUGGCUCUAGAAAUCUUUGAACAGAUAGUCAAAGGAGUGGAUUACAUACAUUCAAAAAACUUAAUUCAUAGAGAUCUUAAGCCAAGUAAUAUAUUUUUAGUAGAUGAAGCACAAAUAAAGAUUGGAGACUUUGGACUUGUGACAUCCCUGAAACAUGAUGGAAAGCGAACACGUAAUGCAGGAACUAGGGGAUACAUGAGCCCAGAACAGAUUUCUUCAAAAGAAUAUGGAAAGGAAGUGGACAUCUAUGCUUUGGGGCUGAUUCUUGCUGAACUUCUUCACAUGUGUGAUACUUUUUCGGAAGCAGCAGAGAUUAUCGAAGAUCUAAAGAAUGGCAUCUUCUCAGAUACAUUUGCUAGAAGAGAAAAAAGUCUUUUAAAGAAAUUGCUCUCAACAAAACCUGAGGACCGACCUAACACAUCUAAAAUACUGGAAUACUUGGCUCUGUGGAAGAAGAACCCAGAGACAAGGUUGAUAUGCUCAUGUCCCUUCUGAAAAAGCAUCUUGCUUCUGAUAUGUACCUUUUCCUUAAUUACCCAAAAUCCACUAGGGAAUAUCAAUAAGUAUUUACUGUGUUCUCAUUUUUCCACUUAAAUUUUUACUAUAUUUGCAGAAUGGUCUUUAUCUUUUUGCUUCAAAAACAUUCCUAUAUUUGACUUUUCCCUGGUUCAUUUCUUCAUUCUAAAAAUAGAAAACAGCUCUCAAAAUUUCUUCUUUAUACUGUUAAUGAAUAAAUCAAUUAGUAUAUAUUUAUUCAGUGUUUACUGCUUCUAGGCCAAAAGCUAUAAGCUCUUUCUCUGCCUUAAAUAGUCUACAAGCCAGUGGAGAAAUAUGGUAACCAUGAAAGAUAAGUUAUAUACAACCAUUUGGGAAAACAAUUUGGUGUUAUCUAGUGAAGUUGAAGACAUGUAUACCUGCAAAGCCAUCAAUUCCAUCCUUCAUACAUACCCACAAGAAUGUUCGUAGAAACCCUGUUUAUAAUAGCCAAAAGAAGAGAAAACAUCCAGAAUGCCCAUCCAAAGGAGAAUGGAGUGAAAAAACGAUAUUCACCCACUGGAGUACUAUGUAAUAUUGAAAAGGAAUGAAUUACAGCCAAAUGCAGUAACAUAACACAACAUACCUCUCAGGAAUGUAAUGAUAAGCUAACAAAAACAGGUUUUGGAAAAUAUAUACAGAACAAUUCCACUUAUAUAAACUUCCAGAAAAUGCAGAACGAAAUCAUUUUGCUUAAGAAUCCAAACAAAUGUGAUAAGACAAUAGAAGAAAGGAAUGAGUAAUAUUAACUCUCAGAGACAUCUCAUGCUUUAUCUACCAGCAACUUGACUGAAAUUUUUUACACGUUAGUGAAAAAUAAAUCAGUUCAUAUUAAAUAGUAUAGUGGUGGAACCAAUUAUUUUGAUAUUUGGCCUAUAAUGGAAUUUUGGACAUCGAGGAACUUAUUUAUGACAAAAUCACAAUAUUAUAUCUGUUUUUGUAACAUGGUAAUGUGUGACACAGUCACCCACAUGAAUUGCAAGUUCAUUGAUACAUGUGCAGUAGUAAUUUAUUUGAAGUCUUUCACCUGGUGUUUUACUAUUCAAGCAACGAUGUCUCAUUUUCUUCCUCCCACAUUAAUAAUAAUAAUAAUAUUAUAAUAAUAUUACAAUAUAUUAUAUAAUAAUAAUAAUAAUAAUAAUUUCUUGUCCAGUCUGUUGUUCAAAGAUGAUGUGGAAGGGCACACUCUUGAGUCCUGAAAACCACUUUUCAACUGAUUGAUCAAGUGCUUGACAAAUUUCAAAUAAGACAUAGGUUUUUCUUUCUUUUUUUUUAUAGUCAAUAU